AUGGAAGCAGCACUGCCGUCUGCGGCGGCUGCUACGGAAGAGGUAGACCAUGAGGCUGCCCGGCCACCCUACAUACACUCCAUGCUGGCGGGUGGAAUCGGUGGAACAACUGGGGACAUGUUGAUGCACUCGUUGGAUACCGUCAAGACUCGCCAGCAGGGCGAUCCGCAUAUGCCGCCGAAAUACACAUCAAUGGGCAACACAUAUUAUACCAUACUUCGUCAGGAAGGAAUACGGAAAGGACUUUACGGCGGCGUCCAACCGGCAUUCCUCGGCUCGUUUUCUGGCACAGUGUUGUUUUUUGGCGCUUACGAAUGGAGCAAGCGGCUCAUGAUCGAUUGUGGCAUUGCUCCAGCAAUUUCAUACUUCACUGCUGGUCUGAUUGCAGAUCUCGCCGCUGCUCCCGCCUAUGUUCCUUCUGAGGUGCUGAAGACCCGCCUCCAGCUGCAGGGUCGAUACAACAACCCCUACUUUAACUCGGGCUACAAUUACCGCUCCAUGAUAGACGCUGUUCGCACGAUCGCGAAACAAGAAGGGGUGGGUGCGUUGUUUUACGGUUACAAAGCUACACUCUGGCGGGAUCUUCCCUUUUCGGCGCUGCAGUUCGCAUUUUACGAAGAAGAGCGGGGAUUGGCGAAGCGAUAUGUUGGGUCACAUAACAUUGGGCUGCCCCUAGAGAUCUUGACUGCGGCCACAGCGGGUGGCAUGGCCGGCGUUAUUACCACUCCAUUGGACGUGGUCAAGACGCGAAUCCAGACGCAAGUCAACGACGUACCGUCCAUAUCGACGAGACCUCCUGUGACCACUCUGUCACCUUCAAAACACUCUAUAAAACCGACAAAACCACCUCCCCAGAACCGGCCUAUAUCUACUUCCUCACCUUCCACCGCUCUACGCAACCACAGUGCUGCUACUCUCGAUACAUCCUCGGUCAUAACCGGUCUGAAGAUAAUAUACAAAACAGAAGGGAUAUGGGGCUGGUUCAGGGGGGUGGGCCCAAGAGCGGUAUGGACGUCGGUCCAAUCGGGAACCAUGCUGGUCCUGUACCAGACGCUCUUGCGUUAUUUUGAAGAACAUCCCUUGGUUAGGACGGACGAGCGCCAUGUAUAA